AUGAGGGAGCAACCCGCGUCCACGGCAGCAUCCGACGUUAGCCAAUUGGACACAAAAGCCAGAUCAAUCGUCGACCAGGCAAGACUCACAGACUUUCGCGACAAAUUCCUGAGCCGAUAUCCUUCUUCACUCCGCAGCGCGGCGCAAGUCGCGUUGGGCCUCUUUGAGGUGCCGGCGAAUGAGGAGGGAUCUAGCACCUACAUGGAGCUGAAGGAAGCUGAUGCCUCCAAUUGGGCGGAAAGAGCCAUGUAUGAUCGGCUGCGAUCAGAAGAACGGGACCGUGUGGACCGCCUCAUGGACAACUGCGCCACGGACGCCGAGCUUUGGGAUCUUAUGGAGCGCGAAGUAUUUUCACUGCCAGAAAGGCUUGGAAUUGUCCAGCAAGCUGCGGCAACCGCGCCAAAGAAAAAGAAGAAGAGCACCAAGGCAAAGGGGAAGUCUGUGGUCGGGGGAUCGGUAGAGGAUCUCGCAACGCAACCUGAAUCUAAACCUGACCGACGCCUGAUGGAUGUCCACGGGCGACUCUACCCACAUUUCCUAUACAACGGCCUGAAACUUUUGGACACAAAGUUCAAGCGUUCAUCGCCAUACGCUUUCAAAAUUCUCCCUCGCGUGAAGGAAUUGGGCCUGCCAUCAUACGUCCUCGGUGUGUCAACCUCCUUCUACUCUAGACUCGCGUCGCUGUACUGGACCAGGUUUGGAGACUCGAAUGCGGCUUUAAGCGUGCUUCAAGAGAUGCUGUCGUCUGGUCUUUAUGCGAACGAUGAGUCGAUGGAAGUUGUGGACAGUAUUCGCGACCAUCUACAUGGGUGUACUUGGGGCGCACAGGGGCCGUUCGUGAUGGCCAUGAUGGAGUCUUCGCCAUAUGACGCGAGUCUAUCACAGCGACUCGACAAUAUGCAGCGUUACAUCCACACCUCGAUCGAUCAAGAGAAACAAGACGGCGCAUGA